CAUAAUAGGUGGCUUUUUGAAACAAAGGGUACUUACGGGUACGGAAAUGCUAUAUGGCCAAAGGAAGGGGAUAUGGGAAAUGGAAAUGAUCAAAACGAUGAGGUUGUUGAGCCAAAAGAAUUUAUGAACAAACCAUGGAGGCCAUUGACACGGAAACUUAAAAUUCGUGCUGCUGUUCUCAGCCCAUAUAGGCUUCUAAUUCUCGUUCGUAUGGUUAUUCUUGGAUUAUUUUUGGCUUGGAGGAUUCGACAUCCAAACACAGAUGCCUAUUGGUUGUGGGCGAUGUCAAUUGUUUGUGAAAUAUGGUUCGCUUUUUCUUGGCUUCUUGAUCAAUUGCCCAAGCUUUGCCCUAUAAAUCGAGCCACGGAUCUUAAUGUUCUGAAGGAGAAGUUCGAAACACCUAGCCCUAGUAAUCCUACUGGAAAAUCUGAUCUUCCAGGAAUAGAUGUCUUUGUUUCUACUGCAGACCCAGAAAAAGAGCCUCCUCUUGUUACUGCAAACACAAUCUUGUCAAUUUUAGCUGCUGAUUAUCCUGUUGAAAAGCUCGCUUGCUAUGUUUCGGAUGAUGGAGGUGCACUUCUAACCUUUGAAGCCAUGGCAGAAGCAGCAAGUUUUGCUAACACAUGGGUUCCUUUCUGUCGAAAGCAUGAUAUUGAACCUAGGAAUCCCGAGUCUUACUUCAAUUUGAAGAGAGAUCCGUUCAAGAAUAAAGUGCGAUCCGAUUUUGUCAAGGAUCGCAGACGUGUGAAACGUGAGUAUGAUGAGUUCAAGGUUCGGAUAAAUGGCCUUCCUGAUUCUAUUCGACGUCGAUCUGAUGCUUAUCAUGCAAGGGAGGAAAUCAAAGCUAUGAAGCGUCAGAGGCAAAAUGUGGUUGAUGAUGAACCUCUGGAGACCAUAAAGAUUCCUAAAGCAACAUGGAUGGCCGACGGAACCCAUUGGCCUGGAACUUGGAUGCAACCUUCUGCUGAGCACUCCAAGGGUGACCACGCUGGUAUAAUACAGGUGAUGCUUAAACCUCCGAGCGAUGAGCCGUUACAUGGAAGUGCUGAUGAAAUUAAGUUAAUUGACCUAUCGGAGGUUGACAUCCGUCUUCCUUUACUUGUUUAUGUCUCUCGAGAAAAACGUCCUGGCUAUGAUCAUAACAAAAAAGCAGGGGCCAUGAAUGCUCUAGUUCGAGCAUCGGCUAUUAUGUCAAAUGGGCCAUUCAUCCUCAACCUUGAUUGUGAUCAUUAUAUCUACAACUCCCAGGCAAUGAGAGAAGGAAUGUGUUUCAUGAUGGACCGUGGAGGUGAUCGUAUUUGUUACGUUCAGUUCCCUCAAAGGUUUGAGGGCAUUGAUCCUUCAGAUCGAUAUGCCAAUCACAACACGGUGUUCUUCGACGUUAACAUGCGAGCCCUUGACGGGCUUCAAGGUCCAGUAUAUGUUGGAACAGGAUGUCUAUUUAGACGGAUUGCCCUUUAUGGUUUUGACCCGCAUAGAUCAAAAGAGCAGCACCCGAGUUGUUGUAGCUGCUGCUUUGGUAAACGUAAAAAGCAUACAUCGAUUGCAAAUGGCUCUGAAGAGCAUAGAGGCCUAAGAAUGGGUGAUUCUGAUGAUGAAGAAAUGGACCUAUCCUUGUUCCCAAAAAGGUUCGGAAAUUCUGCUUUUCUUGUUGAUUCGAUUCCAAUUGCGGAGUUUCAAGGACGACCAUUAGCUGAUCACCCGGCUGUGAAAUAUGGACGUCCUCCCGGUGCUCUUACCAUUCCUCGUGAGCUUCUGGAUGCAUCGACUGUUGCAGAGGCGAUCAGUGCCAUUUCUUGUUGGUAUGAAGAUAAGACCGAAUGGGGCCAACGGGUUGGGUGGAUUUAUGGAUCUGUCACAGAAGAUGUGGUCACCGGGUACAGGAUGCAUAAUAGGGGAUGGAAGUCCAUUUACUGCGUAACGAAACGUGAUGCUUUUCGUGGAACUGCGCCCAUUAAUCUCACUGAUAGGCUACAUCAAGUCCUCCGAUGGGCUACCGGGUCGGUGGAGAUUUUCUUCUCCAGAAAUAAUGCACUCUUGGCUAGUUCAAGAAUGAAGAUUCUGCAAAGAAUAGCCUACCUUAACGUUGGAAUCUACCCGUUCACGUCCAUCUUCCUCAUAGUCUACUGUUUCCUCCCUGCACUCUCCCUAUUUUCGGGUCAAUUUAUCGUUCAGACUCUAAAUGUCACUUUCCUCACCUAUCUUUUAGGCAUCACCAUCACUUUAUGCCUGCUUGCUGUUCUUGAAAUUAAAUGGUCUGGUAUUGAAUUAGAAGAAUGGUGGAGAAAUGAGCAGUUUUGGUUGAUUGGAGGCACCAGUGCUCAUCUUGCUGCUGUGCUUCAGGGUUUACUAAAAGUAAUUGCUGGGAUUGAAAUCUCUUUCACUUUGACAUCCAAAUCAUCUGGUGACGAUGUGGACGACGAAUUUGCCGAUCUCUACAUCGUGAAAUGGACGUCCCUCAUGAUUCCGCCUAUUACGAUCAUGAUGAUCAACCUAAUCGCCAUUGCAGUCGGGGUCAGCCGUACAAUCUACAGUACAAUUCCACAGUGGAGUCGCUUGAUAGGUGGUGUUUUCUUCAGUUUCUGGGUUCUGGUUCAUCUCUACCCGUUCGCGAAGGGGCUCAUGGGAAGAAGAGGAAGGACGCCGACCAUUGUUUUCGUGUGGUCGGGACUUAUCGCCAUCACCAUAUCUCUUCUCUGGGUAGCCAUUAGUCCCCCAAGUGGUGCAAAUGAAAUUGGAGGUUCGUUCUCUUUCCCUUGAGAGGUGAUUGAUAUGAAUCUAGCAAUGUUCUUUAGUUCUUUAUCUGGUUUAUAAAGCCAUCGUUGUUGUUUUAUUGCUUUGGAAACCAUGUCCUAAAGCCAUUGCCUUGGGACUGUUUUAGUUAGAAUUGUAUUAAGAAUAGAAACACAUCAUUUCUUCAUAUGUAACCAUGUAGGAUAUCUGCAACUUUUAUUAUUUUAUGAUCAUGUUAUUCAUUUUUAGUCUCCUUCCUAUGAUUCGAUUGAUCGAGAACGCUCAAAUUAAGGAAUGAAUCACAAGGUGAAUUGUAAGCCU